AUGUGGAAUGUUUCUGACUUUAUCCAAAUACCAAACUUUGAUGCCACCAGAAAUACAAAUUCUUCGGCUUCCAUCAUCAGUAGCAUAACAACUACUGUAUUGGCUUCAACUCAGCUUUCAGCUUUGGAGCUCUUGACUGGAAUCACAUCAAGGGGUACAAUGAAUUGCUUGUUGCCGAUUCCGAUCCCUGACCUUAAUUUCGUUUAUUCACAGUCGGGGCAGUUGAUGAUUCCCAUGCCGGAAUUCAAGAUUCCGCCGCUUAGCUUUUCUUUGGAUGGAAUGGCGAGUAGUGGCAAUGGCGACGCAUAUGGGAAUAGUAUUGACGACAAUACGGAUCAGAGGCUUUUGUUCCCAUUUGAAGAACUGAAAACAAACACACCAACAACACUUGAUGAUCAGCAUGUUGCCUAA